AUGCAGGCAACACAAAAUUCCUCAACCACCAUCAUGGUUCAGUGGAACGCCGAGAAGGACCAGGUCAUCCUCAAGGGCAUCUUCAAAUUCCACGAGAUCAAGAACUCCGCUCCCCUCUUGGAGUACCUCGCGAAAGAGAUUGGCGAUGGAUGUACCCCCAAGGCUGUCUCACACCGCCUCAACAACAUACGCAACAGCGGUAACAAUAACGGCACUCGCUCCAGCGGAGGUACUCGCCCCAACGGAAGCGUAACGCACACUCCCACCAGGGCUACUUCGACCCCCAGGACUCCUCGGUCGCGCGCCAAGGCCACCCCCAACAAGAAGAAGGUUUCAUCCAAUGAGUCCGAUGGCGGUCCCGAGGGCCUUCUGGACGAAGAUGAUGAGGUCAUGUCUCCCUUAGCUGCUCGCGGCAAGCGCGGUGCGCGCCAGUCGUAUGCUGAGCCUGAGUCCGAGGAGGAGCAUAGUGACUAUCAGAUGAGCAAGCGUGUCAAAACCGAGCCUAUCGAUGACGACAACGAGUCGACUCUUGGUGGCGUCGCCAACGAGGAUGUGGAGGAGGAAGAAGAGGUCUAA